UACGCUACGGAAGGAUUUAGGAUCUGUUCGCAGCUUCCGUUUCAAAGCUAAAUCCAAACAAUAAAAGAAGAUAAUCAAAACAAGAUUAUUCAAAAUCGGAUUAUCUUCUUUCUUCAUCGUUUUUUUCCCCGUGAGAAGUUUUCGUUUUUGAAUUAGGGUUUUUGGAGAAUUCUUCUCUUCUUCUGCUGCAAAAGGUUUUCACAAGAUAUGGGUGGCUCUGUUGGUGAAGAAACUGAGCCAGAAUGGAUUAAGAGAGUGAAACUAGAGGGUGCUGUUCCGUGUCUUAAGCCAGACAACUGCCAAAAUGGUUGGACUACGCCAUCUCCUGACACAUUUAUGGUUAGAGGACCAAAGUAUUUCUCUGACAAUGUUAAAGUUCCUGCUGGUGAUUUCCUUCUAAAGCCUCUGGGUUUUGAUUGGAUCAAAGGUCCUACAAAGCUUUCUGAGAUCCUGAGUUAUCCGAGCAGCCGAAUCAGGAAAGUUAUCGAUGAGGAGUUUCAGACCGAUGGAACUAAGCCUUUUGUAUGGGCAUUCAAUCUCCAGCUUCCUCACAAAGACAAUUACAGUGCUGUGGCUUACUUUGUUGCCACAGAGCCUAUCCUUGAAGGCUCCCUGAUGGAUCGGUUUCUAAAAGGAGAUGAUGGGUUCAAAAAAUCAAGGCUUAAACUGAUUGCAAACAUUGUCAAAGGCCCUUGGAUCGUAAGAAAAGCUGUUGGAGAGCAAGCAAUAUGUGUGAUUGGACGUGCACUGUCUUGCAAAUAUGUUUCAGGAGAAAACUUUGUGGAGAUUGAUGUUGAUAUCGGUUCUUCAAUGGUCGCUAGCGCCAUUGUUCAUCUCGCAUUUGGUUACGUCACAACAUUGACCGUUGAUCUUGUGUUCCUCAUUGAGAGUCAGACGGAAGCAGAGCUUCCAGAAAAGCUACUAGGAGCUGUGAGAUUCUCUGAGCUGCAGACCGAGUCAGCCAAGUUUAUCGAACUGAGCACCAGUAAUGAGCGGUGGGAUCAAACUACCUCAGAGCGGUCGAGCUGGUGGAAAUCGAUUGGUAAUGGAUUCUCUAAUCUGCUUAACCAAGAUACAGCCAACAUGAACAACACUUCUCAUGGGGAAAUCCAGAACCAGAAGGAUGAACAUUGUGAUGUGUGUGAGAAAGCUCCGGCGACGGUGAUAUGUUGUGCCGACGAAGCUGCUCUCUGUCCUCAAUGCGACGUCGAGAUUCAUGCCGCUAACAAACUCGCUAGCAAGCACCAACGUCUUCAUCUUAAUUCUCUCUCCACCAAAUUCCCUCGUUGCGAUAUCUGCCAAGAGAAGGCAGCUUUCAUUUUCUGUGUAGAGGAUAGAGCUCUGCUUUGCAGGGACUGCGAUGAAUCCAUCCACGUUGCUAAUUCUCGAUCUGCUAAUCACCAGAGGUUCUUAGCCACUGGGAUCAAAGUAGCUCUGACCUCAACUAGCUGCAAUAAAGAAAUGGAGAAGAACCAACCUGAGCCUUCCAACAACCAACAGAAACCUAAUCAGAUUCCUGCUAAAUCCCCAAGCCAGCAGCAACAACCUUCUUCUGCUACUCCUCUUCCGUGGGCUGUUGACGAUUUCUUCCACUUCUCUGAUAUCGAAUCCACUGAUAAGAAAGGACAGCUUGAUCUCGGGGCAGGGGAGUUGGAUUGGUUUUCAGACAUGGGAUUCUUCGGUGAUCAGAUUAAUCACAAGGCUCUUCCUGCAGCUGAAGUUCCUGAGCUUUCUGUUUCGCAUUUAGGUCAUGUUCAUUCAUACAAACCCAUGAAGUCGAAUGUUUCCUACAAGAAGCCGAGGUACGAGAUCAGAGAUGAUGAUGAUGAUGAGGAGCACUUCAUUGUCCCUGAUCUUGGCUAAAAAGCUAUAUGUAAGCUAUGUGUAGACAUUCUUCAAUGUAAAAGAACAAACAAAACCUAUCUGCAUAAGGAUGAUGUGUGGAGUCAAUGUCAUAUACAUUUUUAGUUUUGUCGUAAGUUGUGUAAGAUAUGUUGAGAGCUUAUAAUAAAUGUCUGUGUGUUGA